AUGGCAGCCAAUCGGGAGUUUUUCAAUCAAAUUAUUUACAAUAUUGAUGAUGUGUUCGUGCCCGAUGAUCUGCACAGUGCAAGACGCGAACUGCAGGAUGGCGAAAUUUCCCGCACCCUCGAGCGUUGCUUCAGUGUCAUUCUGGAGUCGGGCAAGUUGUUGAGCGGCUCCAGUGCCUCGGCUUUGGCGCAUCGCAAGCCGCUGAGUGCCUCCACAUUGCAACUAUCGGUUACCAGCUACUUGAGUCGCUUCCUCAAGCGUGCCGUUUAUGAGAAGAUCAAGCGCCGACAGACACGACUCGAUCACAAUCUCUUUGAUGUGCUGUGGCCAGCAAUGCGCAAGUCUUCAAAGGCGCGCAAUCUGGAAGAGGACAUUAAUUGCGGGAUCAUAGCGCCCGACUUUGAUGUGUUUGUGGUGUUUCAGGAGUUUCUGGUGCCAUUGCUGAAGGACAUGCAUUGUCUGAGCAUCGAUGCGGAUUUCAAACCGCAGCCCCGUCUCGCCUUCUUUCCAAUGGAGAAUGGCGAGCGAUUGAAUACGGCGGCCUUCACCUACGAUGAUGAGUCCCACCUGGUUACGCGCUGCAUUGUGGAAGCGUCACGCAAUCUAGACCAGAUGGAAUUGCCGCUCAAUCUCACCAUUGGCCAGAUCGAGCACGCGGAACGCAUAAUGAUGGGCAAAAUAUUCACGACGAACUUUGCGGAGGCCAUUGGCGAGACCGAGUCAGGUAAUUACUACACACUCACCGAACUGCUCGAGGAGAACUCUGAGGUCACUGAGAUGCUGAGCAGCCUGGGCCUGAUGAUACCACUGCUAGACACUAAAGAUCUGGUACAGGCGGCCGAGUCGACAGCCUUCAAUGGCGCCUUGUGGCCAUAUGGACGUGGCGUUUAUGUGAACUCGGCGCACAAUCUGGCCCUGUGGCUUAACUGCCAGGAGCACUUGCGCAUAAUCUCGGCGAGCAGCAGCAAACAGCCCGCGGAUAUGGGCGCCGCAUACACACGAGUCGGACGCGCUGCUUCCUACCUGGAAACGCAGCUGCACUUCAAAGAGAGCUACCUGUUAGGAUACUUACAGUCGCGUCCUGCAUACCUGGGCACGGGCCUAAAACUGACCACCAUUGUGAAGCUGCCGAAUCUCAUGAAGGAGAUGGAUAACCUGCGGCACCUCUGCUCGGUGCGGGGCCUCAGCAUGGUGACCAAUCGGCUGUCAACAUUGACGGUGCGUCUUUGUAAUAUGCAGAGCAUGGGCAUUGUGGAGUACGCUCUUUUCCAGGACUACUGCACGGCAGUCACAAAUAUUCUAUCCUUGGAGAAGGACAUGUCGCUGACAAACUCAAAGCACAUUGCUACAAUGCUGGUCAGGAUAUUUCGGCGCAAGAAAAACAGCAUUAUCGAUCGGAAUUAA